AGGGUUCUUGUAGCCCAUAGCAGAGUACAUGGUUCACGUACUGGCUCUAUGCUUCUGAUUCAGCUUCCUGAUAAGAUAUAGGCACUAGAAAAGAUUUCUUGGAAAAGACCUCAGAGGCACAGGCAGUCAAAGCCAAAAUUAACUAUUGGGAUUGCAUCAAAUUGAGAAGGUUCUGUACUGCAAAAGAAACAGGAAAGUGAAGAGGCAACCAACAGAAUGGGAAAAAUAUUUGCAAACUAUGCAACUGAUAAAGAAUUAAUAACCAGAAUCUACAAAGAGAUCAAGAAACUCCACAACAACAAAACAAACAACCCAAGGACCUCAAUAGACAUUUUUCAAAAGAGGAAAUCCAAAGGGCCAACAGACACAUGAAAAAAUGUUCAGCAUCAGUAGCCAUCAGGGAAAUGCAAAUCAAAGCCACAAUAAGGUUUGACCCCACCCCGGUUAGAAUGGCUCACAUACAGAAAUCUACCAACAAGAGAUGCUGGUGAGGAUGUGGGGAAAAAGGGACACUAAUCCACUGUUGGUGAGAAUGUAGACUUGUAAAGCCACUAUGGAAGUCAGUCUGGCGAUUCCUCAGAAACCUGAAUAUAACCCUACCAUACAACCCAGCCUUCCCACUCCUUGUAAUUUACCCAAAGGAAAUUAAAUUGGCAAAUAAAAGAGCUGUCUAAAUGUCAACAUUUAUUGCAGCUCAAUUCACAAUAGCUAAGACCUGGAAUCAACCUAAAUGCCCAUUAACAGAAGACUGGGUACAGAAAUUAUUGGAUAUGUACUCUAUAGAAUACUAUACAGCAGUAAAAAAAACAAUGAAAUCUGGACAUUUGCAACAAAAUGGAGGAAUCUGGAAAACAUCAUGCUGAGUGAAAUAAGCCAGUCCCAGAUGGACAAAUAUCAUAUGUUCUCCCUGAUCGGUGACAACUAACCGAGCACCAAAAAGGAAACCUGUUGAAGUGAAAUGGACACUAUGAGAAACAAUGACUUGAUCAGUCCUUGACUUGACUGUUGAUGAACAACUUCCUACUUUAUACCUUGUAGUAUUUUUUUGUUCUACUUAAUAAUAUUGGUUGAACUCUGUAAUUAAUACACAGUUAUUCUUAAGUGUUGAAACUUAACUGAAAAGUGAUCCCUGUUAAAUGUAAUGUGUCAAUAAGAAAGGGAAGUGAUGUACAGUUUGGGACAUGCUCAAUCGGACUUGCCCCAAAUGGUAGAGUUAGAAACGUGCCAGGGGAUUCCAAUCCGAUCCCAUCAAGUUGGCAUGUACCAAUGACAUCUCACUAGUCCAAGUGAUCAAUUUCUGUUCACAAUUGAUUAUAAUGAUAGGACUAAGAGUCAAAGGGAUCACAUAAACAAGUCUAGUGUCUGCAAAUACUGAUAGAAUAAAAAAGGGAGAGAAUGAUCCAACAUGGGAAGCGGAUACACAACAGACUCAUAGAAUGGCAGAUGUCCUAAAUAGCACUCUGGCCUCAGAAUCAGCACUUAAGGCAUUCAGAUCCGGCUGAAAAGCCCAUGAGAGUAUUUCAGGCAUGGAAAGCCAAGACACUCUGGGAAAAAAAGAAGACCUAAAUGAAAGAUCUCUGUGAGUGAGAUCCCAGUGGAAAGAACAGGUCAUCAAAGAAGGAGGUACCUUUCCCCGAAUGGAGGAAAGAACUUCCACUUAGACUAUGACCUUGUCUAAAUAUGAUCAGAGUUGGUGAACUCAAAAGGCCUCCAUAGCCUUGGCAACUCAUGACAAGAGCCUAGGGUUGUUACUGACACCAUAAACAAGAGUGUCAAUUUGUUAAGUCAACAACAGGAGUCACUGUGCACUUACUCCUCAUGUAGGAUCUCUAUCGUAAAUGUGUUGUACAUUGUGAUUUAAUGCUAUAACCAGUAUUCAAACAGUAUUUUACACUUUGGGGUUCUGUGUGGGUGCAAACCGUUGAAAGCUUUACUUAAUAUAUGCUAAAUUGAUCUUCUGUAUAUAAAGAGAAUUGAAAAUGAAUCUUGAUGUGAAUGGAUGGAGAGAGAGAGUGGGAGAGGAGAGGGUUGCCAGUGGGAGGGAAGUUAUGGGGGGAAAAUCCAUUGUAAUCCAUAAGCUGUACUUUGGAAAUUUAUUUAAAAUAUAUAUAUAUAAAUUCACUUUUAACGGUGUAUGAUCAUGUGAAAGCUACACCAAAAAGAUAAAUUAUUGAUAAAUUGUUGAUACUUCCACAUUUUUCCUCACACUAAGGGACAGUUGCCUGAAAUCACAUCUUCUUUAUCCCACAUCAAGGUCAUUCUACCAAUAGCACCUCACAAGGAAUACAUCAGUCAUGAGGAUUAUAGCCAAGACCACAAAUUCCAGUUUUUGGUUAUCAUCACUUAAAAAUGAUAGCCCCUUGGGGUGGGCACUUGAUUCAGUGGUUAAGAUGCCAUUCCACAUUGGAGAAUCUGGGUUCUAAUACUGGCUCUGCUUCUGAAUUCCAGCUUUCUGCUAAUGUGCAUCCUGGGAGGCAGGGGACAGCUUGGCUUAAGUACUCUGGUGCCUAAUUCAGUAAGGGAGAUGCAUAUUGAAUUCUCAGCUACUCUCUUGAGUCUAGUCCAGCCCCAGAUCUUGGGGACAUUUGGAAAGUGAACCAGCAGAUGGAACAGCAGGGAGUGUGAUCUUUAUCAUCAUCCAGAUAAUAUUUUUCAAGCCUCUACUUGUCUAAGAAAAUUUAAGGAACUGCUGAGGAAGUUUAAACACUUAUUUCAUCACAGACAUAAAAAUAUUUAAGCAAGGGGGCUGGUGCUGUGGCAUAGCAAGUAAAGCCACUGCCUGUAAUGUUGGCAUCCCAUAUAGGCACUGGUUCAAGUCCUGGAUGUUCCCCUCCCAUCCAGCUCCCUGCUAGUGUGCCUGGGAAAGCAGUGGAAGAUGGCCCACGUGCUUGGGUCCCUAUACCCAUGUGGCAGUCCUAGAAGAAGCUCCUGGCUCCUGACUUCUGAUCGGCCUAGUUCCAGCUGUUGCAGUCACUGGGGAGUGAACCAGCGGAUGGAAGAGAUCUAUCUAUGUCUUCCACCCUCUGCAAGGAAUUCUUCCUUUGGAAUGAAAUAAAUCUUUAAAAAGAUAUUUAAGCAAAACCCUAGGAAGAGAGAACAGAGUUACAUUUAAUACACUGUAUCCUGAACUCUAAUCAUGCAUUUUAAGCUCAUUUCUGCAGGGUUAAGUCUCCUACUUCUUUGAGUGUUCCUGGUGUCAAUUCUUUGCUACCCACACAGCAUAUACAAUAGCUGGCCUAUAUGGGAAGGCCCCAUUAGAGAAUCUGUGAGUCAGUGGGGAAUGUCACAGUGGGUCUCCUAUGACAUCACCAGGACUGGGAGGCGAUGUUUAGCAACCAGUUCCUAGAACGGUUAGCCACUACCUGUGGGAGCAGGAAACCCAUUUUCUUAGCUUCCUAGUGGAUACUGUUGUUAGCAUUUGCCUAGAUUCCAUGAAAAAGAUUAAAAUCACUGAAUUUCUCCACAUUUUUAUCAAAAUGUCAAGUGAGAAAGAUGGUGAAUCUGAAUUAGAAAAAAAUGCCAAGCAAUCCCCCACCAUGAGGGGAAACCCCAGGAACACUGCAGAUGUUCCAGCGGCCCCGAUGCUUGAAAUCCCAGCCUCCGUACAGGACAUCAUCUCUCAGAUUGAACGAGCAGAGGCCGUUUGAGCUAGAGAGAUGUUAUUUUGUCUGACAUAACUGCAUUUGAUGUUGAAGAACACUACCACUGGAUAGUACAAAUGGAGAUGUUUCCAGAAACACUGGGAGCCAUUGAGAACAAUGUCAACUAUGUAGCAUCAGCACCACUUUCCUUAAUGAUAAGAAGACACAGAAGAACAAAACAGGUAAUUGUGUUUUGUGACUUUGCAAAUGGAGUUUUCUUUUUUUUCUCAAAAUGCAGGUUGGUGGAAGUAUCAUUUAUAGACCAUAAAACUCCACAUGUUAAAUGAUUCUCAGUACCUUUCAAGAGCUCUGAAAUCCAAUCAGAGGGCCCCAACACAGGCCCAUGUUUCACCCACUAUUGACAGUGAGAAAUUGAAUUCCUCCACACUAUGACUGUUAUCUACUUCUCCCUUAAAUUGCGUCAGUCUUUGUGUAUUUGGGGGCUUGGCUGUGUGCUGUAUGUUUAUAAUCAUUACAGCUUGCUGAUAUAUUGACCCUUGCUGUCUCUAGAACCAUUGUUGCUGUGCUGAUACCUGUUUUGUCAGAUAUUAUGUAAUCUGCAGCUCCCACAUAUUCAAAGUGUAUCUUUUUUCUAUCACUUUACUUCUGACCUCUUUGUCUCUUUGAAUCCAAGGUGUGUUACCUGUAGUUGGAUCUUGUGGGACUUUUGCAUUUCAUACAUGUCUGACAAUCCAGGUGUUCCACGUGGGCAGUAGGGACCCAGACACUUCAGUCAUUGGUUGUGGGAGGAAAGUUGCUGAGUUUCUCCUUCAGCCAUUCAAUAUAUUUUCUGUCUAUUGAUUUAUGGCCCUUUUGAAAGCAUCAAAGUUUCUUACAGUAAGAAAAGGUAGAAAAGGGAGAUGGGAACCAAACAAGAAAACUGAACACAUCAAGCAUAGCCAAACUCAGGGGAAAGUUGGAUUUGCAUUCUAUCUAAUCCCAAAGUUGAAGUAAAAGUGAGUUAAUGAUGUCACAACUGAGAUCAUCUCCUUAACUCUGGAAGCAACUCUGGGUGAUUGUAAGAAAACAUGAUUCUAAAACCAAAACUUGUAGAGCUACAGAUUUCUCUCUGUUUUUCUUUUUUCAAAGAUUUACUUACUUGAAAGGCAGAGUGACAGAGACAGAAGGAGACACAGAGAGAACGAGAUCUUCCAUCUACUGGUUCACUUCCCAGUUGGCUAGGCCAGGGUGAAGUCAGAAGCUUGGAACUCCAUCUAGUUUAUCCCCAUGUGGGUGACAAAGGCUGGGAAAUAGGCCCUCCCCCACUAUCCUCCUAGGCACAUUAGCAGGGAGAUGGAUCAGAAGCAGGGCAUCUGGGACUCCAGUGAGCUCUCCAACAUGGGAUGACAGGGUCAUAAGUUGUGGAUUAAUCUGGUAUGGCACAAGGCCAGCAUCAUAGUUAAAGUUUUCUGACUAAUCUUCAAUGGAUGGUUACCUGUCCAUUUGGGCUAAAUUAAUUAGACACAGAGCACAGCACAAAAGAAGCAAUGCGAUCUCAUUGUUUUGUUUUGUUUUCCUUUUUUUCCUUCCAGUAUCUAGAGGUGCUCUAUGGAAAACAUGGAAACACAGAUUUAUAAAGCGACCUGCAACAGCCCUUGCACUAAGACCAGAUCAAAUGAUUGCUGAUCAAUUUACAACCAACACCAAGGUUUUGGAAAUUCAAUGUAUGUUACAAGAACUCAUAUGUUCUUCAAUGUUCAACAAAAUGGAAAACACUGCAAUCAAAUAUAUCUCAGCAACUAUAUUAAAUCUUUCCAAAGGCUUGAGUGCUGUGUGUGAACAAGUCAAUGUUUCUAACAUUGUAAGUGGCAGCAUGUUUUUUGAGAAGUAUGAAACAGAAAAAGAGCUCUCCAGAAGGAUGAUCUCUGACCUCAGUGAGCAAAACAAGCUGCUUCAACAAAAACUGCAAGAGAAAGAAGAAAACUAUGAACAGCUAAUUCAAACCACAGGUCUUGCAGGCCAGCAAGAAUAUACAUCAGUGCCCACAUCCAGGACCAAUACCAAGGCUGGGGACACACCAGACAGUAUAGACAAUAUUUUAGCCAAGGAAUUGGAAAAUACUUUAUAUAAGUCUCAAAUAAAAAAGAUCAAAUCCUCCGAGAUAAAGUGGGGCUCUUCACUUUUACUUAAAGCCCCAGCUGUACUGACCCCAGACUUGCUGGGACAACAAUACCAUCCACAUGAAGACCAUCAACAAAUGGGUCCUGGGCCUUUGGAAGCUACUGCUGACAUGAAGAUACUGGGAUCAAUGAAGCAGCAAGAGGUGGUCCUGGAGAAGCUGAGCCAGGGCCUGAAGACAGAGACACAGCUGGAGCUGAACACAAAUGCAGCUCCCCCCUUCACCAAGUCCUCACAACCUGGAGCACCUCCCGUUUACCCACAGCCCCACCCAAAGUACAAAACUCUCACUCCUCUGAAAACCCAGGCCCUGAUGACCACUCUGAUCACCCAGCAGGCCCAGACCCUGGGUACCAACUGACCAUCCAGCAGGCAGAGGCCCUGGGGACCACUCUGACCCCCCAGCAGGCCCAGGCCCUGGAUACCACUGUGACCACCCAGCAGGCAGAGGCCCUGAAGACCACUCUGACCCCCCAGCAGGCACAGGCCCUGGGGACCACUCUGACCCCUCAGAAGGCCCAGGCCCUGGGAACCCCUCUGGACCCCCAGCAGGCCCAGGCCCUGGGGACCACUCUGGCCCCUCACCCCACCCAGACUUAGGGGGCCCACCUUACCGCUGACAAGGCCCUUCCUACUCCAGGGAAGCCCCUUGAGUUGGAGGCUGCGAAGCCUAAGAAGGACUUUCCUCAAACUGCCCAGCCACCUCCAGCAAUGAAGGCUCUGCUCACUCCCAGGUGGCCUAUAAAAUCUAGAAUAACAUCCAUCUCUACAAAGAGCCCAGGUCUCCAUGGUCCUCUCUCUCCUGGCCAAUUCUUGGCUUCCAGGCCAUCUUCUUUCCCUGGAGAGCUCUUGGAGUCUGGACCCUCCUCUGCACAGCCUCUGGCACACCAGCCUCCUGUCUCCACUGGGCAGCCCCCCUCUCUCCAGGCCCCUUCUUCCAUUGUGCAACAUCUGGUACCACCAACCUUUCCUGGCAAAGCUUCUCCAUCAUGGAUCGCUCCCAGCUCCGGGCAUCCCUCCACAUCAUGGACCCCAUCAGCUGCUGGAAUGCCCCAGAAAAGUGUGCCCUCUUGUGAGAGGAAGAAAGGACUGGUAAGGAUUGCUUCUCAGAAAUAUCAACCAUUGGUCCAACCCAGUCCUCCAGGUUGGAAGAGAGAUGUCACUCCAUUCAUUGCCAGCAAGCCUUCUGCAGAAACCCAAACACCCUAGGAUUCUUCACCCAUGGAGCUUCAGUGCCAUUUCACCAGAAACAGCAUGCCAACAUCAUGCAUCACUUACACCAAUGAGGGGACCUUGAACCCUCUGCAGAAGCCUAAAACAUCACUGCUUCUCUCGCUCCUCAACUGACACCAUCAUCAUGGAUCCCUUUCACUAAUGAGGGGGUCCUGCACACUUGAAAGAGGCCGAGAAUGGCCCUUGCUUCCAUCACUCCUCAACUGUCCCCACCGGCAUGGGUCCCUUUCACUAACGAGGAAAUCUUGCACACUCGGCUGAAGCCUAGAAUGUCACUGCCUAUUCUCACUCCUCAGAUAUCAAAGAUAUCACAGAAACCUCUUUCUUAGAGGGCCUCGAAAUCCCAAUACCCCUCUCUAGAUACACCACGGUUCAUGAAGCCAGUUUCAGACGUCAACAAAGACAAAAUGAUGGUGCCCCUUUCCUAUCCCAAAUAGCUUGAAGGGAGGAUGUAUUUUGUUGACAUGGAGGCUCAGAGGAAGAACCUGAUGCUAUUAAAUCGGGCCUCAAAAAUUAAUGUACUCCUUUACCCACUCCACACAACAGCUAGGAAUCUCAUCAUCAAGACCCUUCACACAGACCAGGUUUGGCUAGGAUACCUGUUUCACAAGUAUACUACCUACAGGCUGAUCCAGUGCUCCAGGUAGAUUAUUCUCCAAUGAUCUAGCUGAUCUAUGCCCAGCUUUUUCCUGAACAGUCCUGAUAUCAAAUAUCCUCCUUCCUUGCCCUAGAAGUAUAUUCGUGUUUGUCAGAUUGUAUAUUGUGAAAGAACCUUUUAUUGAAGGUAUGUAGGAUGGAAGCCUGUUUAAGACAGCAAAAGGAGACAUUUUUAAGUGAAUAAGAGAUGGCAAAUAACAAGAUCCAUUUCAUUCUUUCAUAUCUCAAGCAGAGAUGCUAAGGCAUGUUUUGUGAAUCAUGGUUGAUCUCCAAAAGAUCAACUUCUAAAGGUCAGAGAUGCCUGCUGGUCACUCUGAGUUUCUUUUCAUCUUCAGUUCACCAGACGAUGUAGGAUUUUUAUUUAUCUUUUAAAAAUAAUGUUUAAUGACAUUCAUUUUUAAAAUUCAUUUGUGAUACAGGGUGAUAGAGAUAGUGAGAAUGAGAGAGAGAGAGAGAGAGAGAGAGAGAGCCAUCUCCUGGUUCACUCACCAAAUACCCACAUGGGGAAGAAGUGGAUCAGGGCCAAAGCUCAGAGCUAAGAAUAAAAUCCUAGUCUCCUCAAAUUGGCAGAGACCCAACUUGCAUCAUCACUGCUGCCUCCCAGGGUCUGCAUUAACAGGAACCUGAAAUCAGGAAGCAGAGUAGGUAUCAAACCCUGACACUUUGGUAUGGAAAUGGGCAUCCUAGCCACUAGCUUAAUGGGUGACUUAACCGGCUAGACCAAAUCAACUACCGCAGUUGAUGUAUGAUCUUUAAAAAUGGAGAUGGACACUGAUGGAUGGCCUAUCAGGUAAGACAGCCUGUUAGCAUACUUAUGUCCUAUAUCAGAGUAACUGUGUUGAAUCCCUGGAUCCGGCUCCCCAUCCUGAUUCCAGAUUCCUACUAAUGCAGAUCCAGGGAGGCAGAGGUACAGCCAAGUGACUGGGUUCCUGUCAACCACAUGGGAGUCCUGGUUGAGUUCCGGCUCACAGUUCAGCACAUGGACCACCCCCUCAGUGUGGCAGGUAUUUGAGCGAAUAAUCAGCAAAUGGGAGUUCCUGCUCUGUCUCUCUUUUUCUGCUUUGAAAUGAGCAUUUUUAAAAAGAGAAGUUAAUUUUUUAACAAAUUGUUCAUUUUACCUACUUGAAAGGCAGAGAGACAGAGAGAGAGAAUCUCUCACCCACCCAGUGAGUUUCUCUCCCAAAUACCUUCAACAGUUGGGCUGGGCCAAGCUGGAACCAGGAGCCAGGAACUCAAUUCACAUUUCCCAAGUGGGUGGUAUUUGAGCCAUCACCUCUGCCUCCUAGGGUGUGCAUCAGCAAGAAGUUGCACUGGGCACAGGAAGCAGGCAUGGAACCCAAGAACCCCAACACAUGAUGGCGAGCUUCCCAAGUGUCACCUGAACCACUGUGUCGAAUGUCCACCCCAAUGAACAAACAUGUUUAAAAAGACUAGCAUGGGGUAUAACACUUUUUGUUCACUGCCAAUACAAUAGAUCAAAUGUGGAAUCUCCUUGUUUUAGUUUGUAUUGCUUUGUUGUGGGUGAGGCUAAGUAUCUUUCAUAGACAUCAGAGCCAUCUGCAUUUCAUUUCCCGUGAAUAUCCUAUUCAAAUACUUUGCCCAUUUUUCAAUUGUUAUGGAUUCCUUCUGAGAGGAGGAGAGUGGAGUCACCACACUGACCCCGGGGAGUCAGGUGAAAGCAAGCAGCCUGCAGACUCAUUUAUUUCAGUUGGUACAGCAGCUUAAAUAGCCAAGGCAGCCACUCUGGUCAAGGGGAGGUUUAUGCCCUAACCACUCACAGCCUGUUGCCAGGCAGUAUCUGAAGCCAUCCAAUCACAGCCUGUUGCCAGGCAGGCUCUGUUUCCAGGUGGUUUCCCAGGGGGUUUGCAAAGCCACUCCUGAGUAGCUGACGCUCCCUUGCCAGCACCCAUCUUGGCAUGGACUUCUCAUUCCACCAUAUUUCCCACUUUUCAUUUAUUUUUGAGCAAUGGGAGGCAUGAUUCUUGGCAAUACCAUUGUUGACCCCAGUUCCAUGUGGUCUCAAUAUGCGGCUGUGCCUGUCUUAGGUUGUCCCCCAGGGGAUCUUACCCAUCAUUGACUAACCAGCACUCAAAAUGGGAGACCACAGCAGUGCUUGCUCAGAAGUGGGUAGGAAUGAGGAACAAUGGUAAUCAGGAAUGGCAUGACUGCACACAGGCUGUGGGCCGUUUCAGUGGCUGACUGGAGCUAGUGGGGGUAUAAAACAGUAGUGAAUUUGGCUAUGGGAAGUUUCUCAGGGUAGGAUGAUAGAGCAGGUGCCAAGUUUGACUAACUUCCACUUAGUCAAAGUGGAAGUUCUCUCCUCCCUUCAGAGAAAGGUACCACCUUCGACGGUGGCCUCUUCUUUCCGCUGGGAUCUCACUCACAGAGAUUGUUCAUUUAGGUCAUUUUUCUGCCACAGUGUCUUGGCUUUCCAUGACUGAAAUACUCCCACAGGCUUUUUAGCCAGAUUUGAAUACCUUAAGGACCGAUUCUGAGUCCAGAGCACUCUUUAGGACAUCUGCCAUUUUAUGAGUCUGCUGUGUAUCCCGCCUCCUUUGUUGGAUCGUUCUCUCAUUUUAAUUCUAUCAGUUAGUAUUAGCACACUUGUCUUGUUUAUGUGACCCCUUUGACAGUUAGUCCUAUCAUUAUGACCAAUUACGAAUUGAAACUGAUCACUUUGACUAGAGAGAUGGCAAUGAUACAUGUCACCUUGAUGGGAUUGAAUUGGAAUCCCCUGGCAUGUUUCUAACUCUACCCUUAGGGGUGAGUCCGAUUGAACAUGUGCUGAACUGUAUAUCUCCUCUCUCUCUCUUAUUCCCACUGUUAUAUUUAUUUAUUUUUAUUUUAUUUUAUUUUUUUGACAGGCAGAGUGGACAGUGAGAGAGAGAGAGACAGAGGGAAAUGUCUUCCUUUUGCUGUUGGUUCACCCUCCAAUGGCUGCCGCAGCUGGUGCGCUGCACCAGCGCACCAUGCUGAUCCGAUGGCAGGAGCCAGGUACUUAUCCUGGUCUCCCAUGGGGUGUAGGGCCCAAGCACUUGGGCCAUCCUCCACUGCCAUCCUGGGACAUAGCAGAGAGCUGGCCUGGAAGAGGGGCAACCGGGACAGAAUCCGGCACCCCUACCUGGACUAGAACCCAGUGUGCUGGUGCCGCAAGGCAGAGGAUUAGGCUAGUGAGCUGCGGCGCCAGCACUCUUAUAUAUAACUGGGAUCACUUUUCAGUUAAAUUUAAACACCUAAGAAAAAUUGUG